AUGCCCGAAUUACAGAUCUCAUCGACACUGCCACUGAAAUCUGGGAACCGGAUCCCCGUGCUGGGCUUCGGCACCUGCGCGAGCGCCACAUGUACUCAGUCGGCGCUGGCCGCGCUGAAACACGGGUACCGGCACCUCGACACGGCGCAGGUGUACCGCAACGAGACCGAGACAGGCGCCGCCAUCGUACAGAGCCACAUCGACCCGUCGGAGCUGUUCGUCGUCUCGAAGCUGUGGGAAGACAUGUACAGUCGCGAGGGGGCGCUCGCGGGCGUCGAGGGCUCGCUGAAGAAACUCGGCCUGCCCGCCAUCGACCUGUACCUGCUGCACACACCGCGACCGGGGCGCGUGGCGCGGCACGAGGCGUGGUUGGGCCUGCAGGACGCCGUGGAGAAAGGUCUCGUCAAGAGCAUCGGGGUGUCCAACUGGUCGGCUAAGCACAUCGACCAACUCAUGGCCGAGCCUGGCGUCUACAUCGAGCCCGUGUGCAACCAGGUCGAGCUGCACCCGUGGAGCCAACAGCGCCAGCUCGUCGCGUACUGUCAGGCUAAGGGCAUCGUCGUGGUCGCCUACUCGCCGCUCACGCAGGGCAAGAGGCUGAAUGACCCGACCAUCGCCUCGCUCGCGAAAAAGUACGGCAGGACCCCCGCGCAGAUCGUCCUGCGGUGGGGCCUGCAAAAGGGACUGGUGGUGAUCCCCAAGAGCGACAAGGAGCCGCGGAUUAUCGAGAACAAGGGUAUUUUUGGCUGGGAGAUUUCGCCCGAGGAUGUUGGUGUCAUCGACGCCCUGGACGAAGGAAUGAAGGCGAAGGUAGGAGACUGGGAUCCUGAUGCCUGGGACUGA